GCAGCAGCAGCAGCAACAGCAACAGCAACGUUAUUAUUACGAUCAGCCAGCAUCUUCUUCGACACAUCCACCUCUACCUCCACAUUCGCAUCAUCAUCAGCAUCACACGCAUCCUGCAUCUGGCAGCAGUAGUAGUACCGCAGCACUCCCGCCAACGCAUCAGCAGACACAACAAACGCUGCGCAUGCCAACGCAGCAUACGGCUGUUGGCCGGAGAAAGAAGCGAGACACAAAGCCGCCUAAUGUGAACGAUGUACGCACGUUUGUCCAGGUCGAACGGGACGAGCAUGGCAAUUAUCGACUGCCGGUUGAGAUCGAUUCAUGGACGGUGCUGAGUCUGGGCCAGGUUGUCUUUGACCGCCCUGCGUUCCAUAACCAACGGUACAUUUAUCCCGUAGGCUACAAGGUGAAAAAGUGGUACAGAAGCAUGGUAGACCCGCGUAGUGAUACACAGUACACUUGCGAGAUUCUUGAUGGUGGCCAGGAGCCCAUUUUCCGUCUUGAGGCGGACGACAAUCUAGGCGAGGUCUACAUGGGCCCCACCCCGACCACGGUGUGGACCAUUGCUGUUCGCCGUGCAUUUGCCAUCCGCAACAUGGACUAUGGCCACAAUCCCGUCGGCCCGGACUUUUUCGGCUUGCGCAAGAACACGAUCGCCAAGAUGAUCCAGGACUUGCCCCAUGCCGACCAGUGCAAGAACUAUAUUUGGCAAACAUUCAAGAUCGGUAGCACCGGCAGAACCUCGCGUGGUAAGAUCUACCGUUCUGAAGACGUGUCCUCGGAAGCGAGCAGCAGUAGCAAGCCACGCGCACCGUCUGCUUAA